AUAGGAGGCCCAACUACCUAUAUGCGUUAGUGUUCUAGUUGGCCCUUUGACAAUGAGACACAAAGCACGCAAGAGCGUCAUGUCCUGGCGUCAUAUCCCUUGCGUCACCUUCCAUUCACUUUUGAAUUCUUCUUGACCAGUUUCGUCUGCGCCGCGACUGAUACGCGCUUUGUUUAGUUUGCUUUGGCCUAUUGAGAUUUGGAUCAGUCGCGGCAUUCUUCUGUUUUGGCCUGGACGAUAGUGCUCAGCUUUGGAGCUAUGUUUAACGAAUAGUUGCUCCGGUCUAGCUGCACUAACUAGCUAGGUGUCUCCAGUGGUUCUGGACUUGUGGGGGUACCUCUUGUUAACGAACUGGAUGGAGAUUUAGCAAUUGAAGUCUCUCUUCCCCUGCGGACGGCUACAUAUUAUUAUCAAGCCUUGCGCUCCAACUCCAGGCACCCGAAGCUCCGACUGUUAUCAUCUCCUCUCCCAGGAGCUCCAACACUGACAAUUCCGUGUGCCAAUAUGGAGGUUUGGUGCCAGAGAUGCCUAGUGUUAUUAAAAGUUAGCCCAGCGAGCUUUUCUUCGUGGAGCUUUAGUGCCGAGAGCCAGUGGAUACCUUUUCCCUGUGUUUUAAAAGAGAGAACAGUCACUACUAGCUGCAUGGUGGAUCCUUCGUGGCAAUUUGUGACCUUUCCCGCGUAGGCCCUCUACUAGUGGUUGUCUCUUUUACUUUUAUAAAGAAAAAAAUAUUGUCACACCAUUUGGUCCUUUAUCGACCACCCCCACACAGUUGCACGGCCUAUGCAAAGUGCCGAGGGAUGGCAAUUAAUCCUGGGGAUGGUAAGGAAGCUUCUACUGAAUUUUUUCUCAAAUACGUUGGAGAGCUGUCCAUCAUUAUAUUAUUAAGAAAAAAAAGGUUAUUCACAAUGCAGGUUACAUGCAGUUCCUUAUACUUUUUUUUAAAAAAAAGGUAGGAGCACUACCAUAUCAUAUAAGGAGAAGAGAGAGUUCAAGUCUUAGUUCCUCACUGAUUACACAUGCAAAAUAGACUAUCUGGAUUGAAUUAGGACACGUACAACGGGUCGGCGAUUCCCGUCGACAUGCAAUGUUUUUUUGCAAAAAAAAAAAUCCAGAUAGGAGCGUCUACGGCCCAGUCGUCUCUCCAUUCAUCUACGGCUCCGUGCUCGUGCUCCCAGGCGAAUCGUCGACGAAGGCCCCCGUUGUACGGCUUGCUGCGGAGAGACGGCGGCGAUGAGGAUCCGUUGCGCGCGCGCGGCUGGGGGGAGGUGGAUUUGUUUUGGCACUAGGUUCGCUUCUCCUCCCGCGAAAACUCUCUUCCUCCUGCUGAAAUACUCCCUCCGCCUCAAUUGGUCAGUUCACGCCAGUUCUAUCCCUACCAAAAAUCUGAGCAUACGUGCCUCAAUGAUAUUAGAUUAGAAAAUGAUGCUAUUCAGCCUCAUAAAUUUUUUUAAUAUUGCCAAUUUUGAUUUUGCUGUAUAGACCAUUUACCAUGACUGUUGUACUGUUUAAGUUACUAUGAGUGCAACAUUGAUUAUACUUUUGAUUAUACGUUUUGGGCCAAGACAAAAUUAGAGCUGCAUGACCAAUGCAAUGGUGACUUUAUUAUUAUAUCAUAUCAUGUAUUACUAAGACCAUUUCAUACACACACAUGUUUAUUUUAAUAGUCGUACGAAUUAAUUUAAUGUAUUGUUCAUUCUCUCAUGUAUGCAACAAUGUGGCUACAAAGAUCAAUUUAUGCACUAGAUCACCAUAAGUUUGUGUGUCAAAAUCUGAAUUAAUCAUCUUGCAAACAGUCAAACAGACAACUCAUUGUACAAACUGUCUGUUCAGUUAUCUGUUUGUGACAAAAAACAGCUGUUGUCAGCACUGUUGUACAUGCCCGCUGCUGCAACAAUCCAAAGGUCUGCUUGCUUUAAGAAAAUUGGGAAUGUAAGCCCCAUGAAACCCGCUCCGGGAGUGACAGUUUCUUUUAAGUAAAUUAAUGUGCAUAUGUGUCACCAAACACUCAGCAUUCUCAGCAACGUUACCGGCAGCCCCAUUCCACUUGCUUUUUCACGAAUCAUCACUUGAGAUGAGAAGAAACUCUGCAUCUCGCAUGGCCAUCGCUGGGACGGCAGCAAGGAAGCUUCUGCAUGGCGGCGCCACCGUGCGAGGCGCCGCCGACGUGGGCGGCAUCAGCUUCGGCCUGUGGGAGCUGGUCACGGGCUUCUUCGCCAACAUCCUCGACUACCUCUUCGCCGCUCUCGCGGGCGUCGCCCACCUCCUCGUCCUGCCGCUGGAGUUGCUCUGGCAGUGGCUUGUUACCGCCGCCGCCGCCGCCGCGGGCGCCAUCAGCUCAGGCCUCGACGGCCUGUGGCAGCACCUCACGGGCUUCUUCGCUGGGAUCUUCGCAGCCCUGGCGAGCGCGCCCCACCUGCUCGUCCUGCCGCUGGAGUUGCUCUGGCAGUGGCUUGUUACCGCCGCCGCCGCCGCCGCCGCCGCGAGCGCCAUCAGCUCAGGUCUCGACGACAUGUGGCAGCAUGUCACGGGCUUCUUCGCUGGGAUCUUCGCCGCCCUGGCGAGCGCGCCCCACCUGCUCGUCCUUCCGCUAGAGAAGCUCUGGCAGUGGCUUGUCACCACCGCCGCCGACGCCGCGGGCGCCAUCAACGGAGGCCUCGACAGCCUGUGGCAGCACGUCACGGGCUUCUUAGCCGCCCAGGCGGGCGCGGCCCACCAGUUCGUCCUGCCGCUAGAGACGCUCUGCAAGUGGCUUGCCACCUCCACCGCCGGCGCCACCGGCGCCAUAAGCUCCGGCCUCGACGGUCUGUGGCAGCUCGUCACGGGAUUCCUCCCCGGAAUCCUGGCCCACCUCCCCGCCGCUCUCGCGGGCGCGGUCGACGAGCUCGCCCAGCGGCUCGAAUCGCUCUGGCAGUGGCUCCUUACCAACGCCGCCGACGCCGCUGGCGCCAUCAGCUUCCGCCUCGAUGGCCUGUGGCAGGACGUCGCGGGCGUCUUCCCCAAAAUCUACGCCUACAUCUUCACCGCUCUGGCCGGCGCGGCCCACGAGGUCCCGCAGAAACUAGACGAGCUCUGGCGGUGGCUCAAGGCCGCCGCCGCCGCCGCGCUCCCGUUCGUGCUCGCCGCCGCCUUGGUCCUCCUCCUCGUGGCGCUCGUCUGGUUCUGCUGGCCGAUCCUGUGCGCCGUCGGCAGGGGGGUCUGCGUGGCGCUCGUGCACGCCAUCUGCCACCUCGUGUACGGCCUGUACUACAUCGUCGUGGCCGUCGGCAGGGCUCUCUGCAGGCUCCUACCUCGCUGCGCACAGUGCCUCCAUUUCUGCGCCACCAUGAAGGCCCCGGGCGCCGGCGGCAUGCCGAUAUCGCGCGCCGCGUUCGUGGCGAGCCCGGCGCUGUACUUCGUAAUCCUCCACGCCGCUGGGCCCGUCGUGGCCUCCGCCGUUUUCUGCACGGUAAUCGUCGCCAGGCUCGUUGCUGCGCCCGUCGCACAAUUUUUCCGCGUCUCCGGCGUGGCCUAAGCACGAAACUAAUGCGUGGAUCGGUGGAUGUCGUUGCAGUGAUGAGCACUGAGCAGUGCGAUCAAGUAUAUGAGUUUACAUGGUGGAUGUGUUUGCAACCAUCAUACCUAGAAUGGCAGCAAUGCAAGAAGUUCUCCUUCUCCAUUGCAUCAUUGAUCUGACAAUGUACUUUCAAAAUGUGGUCUGCGUAUGUGUGCCAA